AUGCCGUUAGUGACAGAGAGACCACGAUCGCAUCUGGUGCGCGGCCCUGGACAACUUGGACCAACCACCUCAACUGCUCCACCAGCUCCAUCUCGAGACGACCCAUCCCUAGAGGAUCUCGAACUAAUCGACGUACUUUGGCGUAACGAUAUUGCUGCUGAGAAAGGAGCGAGACAGCUGCAGCCGGCUGAUCAGUACGAGCUUGAUCUGCAACUGCUCACUGAAAAGAGCGUUCAUGCGCCGUUGUCCGCUGAGGAGUCAUCUCGCUUCGAAGAUCUCUCCAAGACUUCUACGCGGUGCCAUACGUGCUACGUCCAGGAUCGAAAGGUCAGCCACAACCAGCAUCUCGCUCCGAUCAGCUGUUUGGAUUUUGAAGACGACCCCACAGCGAAGCGAGAAGUACCUACACCAACAGACGAAGAUCUAGCCGAGCUACUGGAAGACGUGUCCAAGGAAGGAGGACAACUCGAUAGACUUACAUGUGGUGGAGGGGCAUGCCCACCUUCUGAUCUGGAACCGUUGCCAUUGGUGAAUAACGUCAGCCUUUCGGAGGGUAUCGUAUUUACAGCACAAAAC